AUGGCGCAGAGGAUCAGCGGCGUGGACCGGAGAUCAGGGGCUGCCGCCUGUGAGCCACAGGUUUGGCUCAACUCUGUAACCAAAAAUAAAGCUGCUCUCGCCGAAUGGAUAAAAAACUCAAAGGUUGAACUGUUGCAGGUGAAUGGACAACGAAAGUAUGGUGGUCCACCUCCAGGUUGGUUUGGAGAGGCCCCUCCACUUGGCUCUGAAAUUUUUAUCGGCAAUCUUCCACAGGAAGUGUAUGAAGACCUACUGAUCCCUCUUUUCCAAUCAGUCGGGAAACUGUAUGAGUUUCGUCUCAUGAUGACAUUUAGUGGGUUAAACCGUGGCUUUGCAUAUGCCCGAUAUUGCACGAGACGGAUGGCAGAGCAAGCCAUUGAUCAGCUCUGUGGUUUUGAAAUAAAGCCGGGUUUUAAAAUAUUGGUCUGCAGAAGCACAGAGAAAAGUGAACUUGCGCUGGAUGGCCUGCUGGGAUUUCUCACUAAAGCUACCCUAGAGGGUAUACUGGGGAAAAUGACGAUGGGCGUAUGUUCAGUUUCUCUGUAUGCCAGCCCUUCAUCUGAUGCAAAAAAUCUAGCAAUUGUGAAGUACAACUCCCACAGGGCGGCCGCCCUGGCAAAGAAAAGCCUUUGUGAAGGUGUCCAGGUUCUGUACGGCUGUCCUUUCACCGUAGACUGGCUUCCGCAUUCCCUAAAGCAAAAGGCACAGGCUGGCACCCUGGCAAAGCCUAAUUUAUACCUUCCUCAGAAAGUACAAGAAAAUACCAUCAGUCAGAAGACCGUGGCACCCAGUGCCAUCCAGUGUCUUGACCUCCUCUGUGAGAAGGUGAAGCUGGGUCAGCCACUGUACAAAAUAAAGUUCCUGAGCCUUGGUACUUGCGGGUGGCUGAGGUUUUGGUACUUGGUCUUGAUCCCGAAGCAUGGUGUGCCCUUUACUGGAUAUUCCUGGCUGCUUGGAGACCAGCUCAUACCCACAGAGAAGUACCAGCAAGCUAAAGAAAUGGUGGCCAUGCACAUACUGAAUGAAUUGGGGUACAUCUUUGACUAGUCACCUUUUUAUACUGAAGAUUGUCGUUUUUAUGUUUUUAUAUCCACAGUUGUAUUGAGUGCAUUUGCCACUUUAAUAUGAAUGUCCAUGAUUGUCUUCC